UUGGCCGUUCGGAACGUUUUCACGGAUCGGUUACGCUCGCUGAUCGGUUUGGAUCGUCCUGUCGGUUGUUUCGGUAUCUUGAAAGUUAUGCCAAAGUGACAUUCAGUAGUGAAAAAAACUUAAUUAAAGUUGCUUAUUGAUAAGGGUGGAAAAAUUGAUGAUUUGUGUAAAUUUGAAUCUUAAAAGUGCAUCAAGAUGACACUGUAUGGAAAAUUGGUUCAGAUUAUCAUCAUCUCGUGCUGAGGAGAAGAAAACAAAGUAGCCUGAGCACCCAGAUUAUGAUCCCUACGUCAGGCUUUUGAAAAUAUUGGAUGCCGUUGUUUUGGAUUGCAUUUUGUCUUAAGAAAGAAAACUGGAGCAACGGUAAACUUUUCUUCCCCUUUAUGAGGCCGAAUACGACAGUUAAGAUUUAGAGCGUCAGCAAUCUAUCACCCGAACUGUCACCGAGAAGGUCUGAGAAAUGUCCAACGUCGCCCAGCCUCUGCAUCGCCGGAAUGUUUUGAUCAUAACCGAUGGAUUCCGAGAGGAAGGCCACGAAGGCUCGGUUCCCCUUUCGAAGGCCUUGCUCGAUCGGCUAACCGAGACACGCCUCUGUCGGGUGAUUACGAUCGUUAACUCCACUGAACGACUGGAAGCGAAGAAUGUCUCGUCGGGUGUUUUCGUGUGUGAUCUGUCGAAUCGUCGACAGGUCAUCGACCUGUUCGGGUGCCCAGAUGGAGCAAUAGCUCGGACGUUAGGAACGCCUGGCCUCGAUUUGGUUAUCCAUCUGCAUCGAGAUCAUCCGACGGAUGACUUCAUCGAGCGAUCUUCAGCUGACAUUUUAGGUUUCGUGAAUCUUCUGACAGGUGUCGUUCCUCUGAUGAUUCGACCACCCUCGGAAAGAAGUCCUCGAAACAAUCUCAGCCGGAUUGUUGCCAUCAAAUCGGACUCAAACAGUGCUCGGGCAUUUGCUGACAGCUCAAAUCAGUAUAACGAUCUCGUACAAAGUAUUGUUAGUUCGCAAAAUCUAUCCAACAGCAGCCAAAAACCGGUGAUAGAAUUUUCAACCAUCAUUUGCGAUUUCAUAAAUGGAACAAUACACCGAGCCAAGAGCAAUCAAGAUGGCAGCACUGGCUCCCCUUCAAUGGGACUAGCACUCCCGACGCCUAGUCUAACGCUGCCGGAGCAGGAAAUAGCGGAACGUAUUCUGAAGGUUAUCGAGUCGGGAAGGACAUUUACCCAUGUCAGUGGCCGGCGGAAUUUGCUGGAAUUUUGUUCCCUCAAUUUGAUGCAGCUGGCCAAUAUUGGACUGGAUAAGCUGCAGAUUCGGAAGGGAGGUGGUGGUGGCAGCCAGAAAAUAUCACUCAAAGUACAAUAAGCAUUUUGUUUGAAAAAAAAAUCUUCACCCUAUUGUUUCAUUUCAUCAGCUCAAACGAACAACCUUGUUUUUUAAACUAUCAAAUGUGAAUUUAUAUUGAUUAUUGUAAUAUUAUGAGUAGAAAGAUCGU